CAAGUCACGAGCACAGCCAGAAGUUGAUGGAGGACAGCAGCUUUCACGAAGCGGAAGGCGACGAGCACGUCAACUGUUCCCCACCCUCAUCAGACCGCUCGAUUACACCGAUCAAUAUCACCCAGGAGCGAGCAUCAUCGACCCCCAUCUCCAUCCCCUCGAGACAAGAGCCCAACACAAAAUGAUCGCACCAGCCGCUCGCAACCUCGCUCGCGCUGCUGUUCGACGAGCAGGCGCAACAGCCUCUGCCCAACAGCUCCCAGCUGCCGGAGCUCGAUCGCUGUCCAUCUUUGCAGGCGCUGCUCGUCCCUCCACCGGCAGCAUCAGCGCCCAAGCCCAAGCCUUCUCUGCUCCCCAAGCUCGUGGUAUCAAGCACAUCGACUUUGCCGGUGAUGGUCAGGUCGAGACUGUCUACGAGCGCGCCGACUGGCCCAUCGAGAAGCUUCACGACUACUUCAAGAACGAUACUCUCGCUCUGCUUGGCUACGGCUCUCAAGGUCACGGCCAGGGCCUCAACCUUCGCGACCAAGGCUUGAAUGUCAUCGUCGGUGUGCGAAAGGGCGGAGCAUCUUGGAAGGAGGCUCAAGAGGAUGGCUGGGUCGAGGGCAAGAACCUGUUCGACAUUGACGAAGCUGCUCAAAAGGGAACGUACCUGAUGAUGCUCAUGUCUGACGCUGGUGCGUCCGACGCUUACCCCAAGCUAGUCAAGUACAUGACCAAGGGCAAGACCGUCUACUGGUCUCACGGCUUCUCCCCCGUCUUCAAGGACCAGACCGGCAUCGAGGCGCCUAAGGAGUGCGAUGUCAUCCUUUGCGCGCCCAAGGGAUCCGGUCGCACGGUCCGCACACUCUUCAAAGAGGGGCGCGGCAUCAACUCCUCCGUCGCCGUCUACCAAGACAUUACCGGCAAGGCUUUGGAAAAGGCAGUCGCCAUGUCCGUCGCUGUUGGCUCUGGCUACACGUACGAGACGACGUUCGAGAAGGAGGUGUAUUCUGACCUGUACGGAGAGCGUGGAUGCCUGAUGGGAGGUAUUCAGGGCAUGUUCAAGGCUCAGUACGAUGUGCUGCGCGCCAAUGGCCACUCGCCAAGCGAGGCCUUCAACGAGACCUGCGAAGAGGCUCUCAUGAGUCUCUACCCCCUUGUCGGCGAGCACGGCAUGGACUACAUGUACAAGGCCUGCUCCACCACUGCCCGUCGGGGUGCGCUCGACCUGGCUCCUGUCUUCGAGAAGGCCCUCAAGCCCGUCUUUGAGGACCUCUACGCUCGCGUCAAGGACGGAAGUGAGACUAGAAGGACCAUUUCUUUUGCCAGCCAAAAGAACUACCGUGAGCUCUUCGACAAAGAAACUGACGCCAUUGCUGCUCAAGAGAUGUGGCGUGUCGGACACAAGGUCCGCGCCCUCCGUCCCGACCGCGCAGGCAAGGACUUGUAGGCGCUUUUGGGACGCACCUGCCCGGCUCCGGAGAGCUUCGAAGCGUGAUCUGUGAAUCUUUCCGGGGGAGGAGACAUUGGCGAGCAAUUAGCCGGGGAUGACGAGUCGCGCUAACGUGGCCGGAUAGGGCACCUAGCACGCGCAAAAAUGUUGAAUCGAUGCAAUUCAACCGGGCAAAAGACGUUUUCUCGGGGCGAGCGUGCGAGUGACUG